UCUGAUUCUUUUAAACGACCCAGAUUUUUCAAUCACACCGACUUCAAUUUCAAAGCCCUAACUCUCACAUAUUAUACAUCGAUCGAUUAUUACACGAACAGGGUUUUGUCUCUACUGUUUGAUUAUUAUAAAUAAAUAAAUAUUAUGGAGAACCCAGUUGAUAUUGAUAAGACAAGUGAGAUAUUGGAGCCUGAUGAAUGUAGUGUUGGUGGUUUACAAUUACCUGGGAAAGAUAAGAUUGUCUUCCGAGCACCUGACCGUAAAUCGUUAUUAGGUUUAGAUGCUCUUGCAACUGCAAAACGAGCUGAAGGGUCAUUUAAAGUUCCAAGAGGAAGAGUUUCUUCUCUAAUGACAUCUAUAGAUGAAGAAAUGGAAAAUUCUACGUCCUCACUCACAGGUCUAGAUGAAGGUGGAAGCGGUGUAUCUAGCAGUGGACAAAAUAAAAAUAGACGUUACCGUGAUUCCAGCGGUACCAAGACAUUUGAUUCAGAAAGUCAAAUCACUGAAGAACGACUUGAUAGCAAAUCGGAUAGGCAUCGAUCAAGUUCUAGGUCGCGUUCUGAGGAUAUUACCCCUUCAUCUAGAAGUUCUAGAAGCACUGCACAUCAGAGUUCUAGGUAUGAUUCAACAGAAUACGAUAGGCGUAGAAAUGAUUUUAGAGAUGACUCAAGGAGUCAAAGUAGGGGUUCAAAACGAUAUACCACUGGUACGGAUGAUCGAGAUAAUUCAGAUCCAUCACCUCGUCAUGGAAGAGAUUACAGAGACUAUGGUAAUAAAAGAAGCAGAUAUGAAAGUUCAAGGAGAACUCCAGGUAGAUCUGAUUGGGAUGAUGGAAGAUGGGAAUGGGAAGAAUCACCACACCGUGAUAAUCAUUCAGGUGGUAGUAGCAGCAGGCAUCAUCCAUCACCAAUGUUGGUUGGUGCUUCUCCUGAUGCAAGAUUAGUCUCCCCUUGGCUUGGGAGCAAUACUCCUCAAUCUGGGCAUGGCGCUUCUCCAUGGGACAGUGUAGCGCCUUCACCAGUUCCUAUAAGGGCAUCUGGUACCGUUAGAUCAUCAACAUCAAGAUCUGGUGGAAGGUCUCAGCGACCAUCCUCUGCAACAAAUUCACUACCUGCAGAGGAUGAAGAGGCUGAAAAGGAAAAGUUCAUUAAUCCAGAGAUAACUGAAAGUAUGCGAUUGGAGAUGGAGUACAACUCUGAUCGUGCAUGGUAUGACACAGAAGAAGGCACCACUGCAUUUGAUGCUGACAAUUCAUCAUUUUAUCUUGGCGAUGAGGCUUCUCUCCAGAAGAAACAUGCAGAAGUGACAAAAAGAUUGGUUCGUAAAGAUGGAACCCCAAUGACACUUUCUCAGAGCAAGAAGCUAUCUCAACUUACUGCAGACAAUGCUCAAUGGGAGGACCGACAACUUUUGAGAUCUGGAGCUGUGAGAGGUACAGAGGUUCAGACAGAGUUUGAUGACGAGGAAGAACGGAGGGUUAUUCUACUUGUACAUGAUACAAAGCCACCAUUCUUGGAUGGGCGGAUUGUCUUUACUAAGCAGGCAGAACCUGUAAUGCCACUAAAGGAUCCCACGUCAGAUAUGGCAAUCAUUUCAAGAAAAGGUUCCAACCUUGUUCGUGAAGUUCACGAGAAACAAAGUCAGAAUAAAUCACGUCAGCGUUUUUGGGAACUUGCUGGUUCACAGCUUGGUAAUAUUCUUGGAGUUGAGAAGUCGGCGGAGCAGAUUGAUGCUGAUACUGCUGUAGUUGGUGAAGAUGGUGAAGUUGAUUUCAAAGAAGAUGCAAAGUUUGCGCAACACUUGAAAAAGGGUGAAGCAGUAAGUGAUUUUGCGAAAUCAAACUCACUUUCACAACAGCGGCAGUACCUCCCAAUAUUUUCUGUACGAGAUGAACUACUGCAGGUGGUACGAGAGAAUCAAGUGGUGGUAGUUGUAGGUGAAACUGGUUCUGGAAAGACAACACAGUUGACCCAGUAUUUACACGAAGAUGGAUAUACAUCAACGGGUGUAGUUGGUUGUACUCAACCAAGGCGUGUUGCAGCAAUGAGUGUCGCCAAAAGAGUCAGUGAAGAGAUGGAAACCGAGCUUGGAGAUUUGGUUGGUUAUGCGAUCCGUUUUGAGGACGUGACCGGACCCAAGACUGUUAUAAAGUACAUGACUGAUGGUGUGCUUCUCCGCGAGACGCUGAAAGAUUCGGAUCUUGACAAAUAUAGGGUCAUUGUUAUGGACGAAGCUCAUGAGAGAUCAUUAAGCACAGAUGUACUUUUUGGUAUCCUCAAAAAAGUUGUUGCUAGGCGUCGAGACUUUAAACUCAUCGUCACUUCAGCCACCCUCAAUGCUCAGAAAUUUUCAGACUUCUUUGGGAGUGUCCCGAUCUUCCACAUUCCCGGGAGAACAUUCCCUGUAAAAACCUUGUAUAGUAAAACCCCAUGUGAAGAUUAUGUAGAAGCUGCUGUGAAACAAGCGAUGACAAUCCACAUCACGAGCGGUGAUGGUGAUAUACUCAUCUUCAUGACUGGUCAAGACGAGAUUGAAGCCACCUGUUAUGCCCUAGCUGAACGUAUGGAACAGCUCGUGUCGACCACGAAACAAGUAGUUUCCAAGAUGUUGAUCCUCCCUAUCUACUCCCAACUUCCCGCAGAUUUGCAGGCCAAAAUUUUCGAGAAACCUGAAGAAAAGACCCGCAAAUGCAUUGUGGCUACCAACAUUGCUGAAACAUCUUUGACUGUGGAUGGAAUCUAUUAUGUCAUUGACACAGGCUACAGCAAAAUGAAGGUGUAUAAUCCGCGUAUGGGUAUGGAUGCUCUCCAGGUUUUCCCUGUGAGUCGAGCUGCCGCUGACCAGCGAGCAGGUCGGGCAGGUAGAACUGGACCUGGAACUUGCUACCGUCUUUUUACAGAAACCGCAUACCAAAACGAAAUGCUUCCGCAGCCCGUCCCAGAAAUUCAGAGGACCAAUCUGGGUAAUAUUGUUCUUUUGCUAAAGAGUCUAAAAAUCGAAAAUCUGUUAGAUUUUGAUUUCAUGGAUCCUCCUCCUCAGGACAAUAUUCUAAACUCAAUGUAUCAGCUCUGGGUCCUGGGUGCUUUGAACAAUACUGGAAGUCUAACCGAUCUCGGAUGGAAAAUGGUUGAGUUUCCACUAGAUCCGCCACUAGCCAAGAUGCUUCUAAUGGGAGAACAAUUGGAAUGCCUGAAUGAAGUUCUUACAGUUGUAUCCAUGCUUUCAGUCCCGUCUGUAUUCUUUAGGCCCAAGGACCGGGCAGAGGAAAGUGAUGCUGCUCGGGAAAAGUUUUUUGUGCCCGAAUCCGAUCAUUUAACCCUACUCAACGUUUACCAACAAUGGAAAGCUAAUCAAUACCGUGGAGAUUGGUGUAACGAUCAUUUUUUACAAGUGAAAGGACUACGAAAGGCCCGUGAAGUACGAUCUCAACUGUUAGACAUAUUAAAAACACUCAAAAUCCCGCUCACGUCUUGUGGACCUGAUUGGGACAUUGUACGAAAAGCAAUUUGUUCGGCUUACUUUCAGAAUGCUGCUAGACUUAAAGGGAUUGGUGAAUAUGUCAACUGUAGGAAUGGGAUGCCAUGUCAUUUGCAUCCUAGCUCAGCUCUUUACGGUUUAGGUUACACACCAGACUAUGUAGUUUAUCACGAGCUGAUUUUGACGACCAAGGAAUACAUGCAGUGUGCAACUUCAGUUGAACCACAGUGGUUGGCCGAGUUGGGUCCCAUGUUCUUUUCGGUUAAGGACUCAGAUACAUCGAUGUUGGAGCACAAAAAGAAGCAGAAAGAAGAAAAGUCAGCGAUGGAAGAAGAAAUGGAGACAUUGAGAAAACAGAAUGCUGAAGCCGCAGCUAGAAGAAACGCAGUAGAUAGAGAGAGGAGGCUGAAACAACAACAAACUAUCUCUAUGCCCGGAUUGAAGCAGGGUUCUUCAACAUAUCUAAGAACUAAAAGAUUGGGUUUGUAAAAUUUUCCAAAAAAUCCCUUGUUUAAUUAUUAUAUAUUCAUUGGGAUUGUAUUAUUAAAAUUCAAAGGGAUAUGCCACAUAGAACUAGUGCAUUUUGUCACUUUGGAAUUAUACUUUGAGGGUACUUGUACGAUAUGAAGUAGAGAGAGUUAGAUAAUGCUUAUUUUGAAUUUUUACA